UAAAUAAAAAUUGCCCGAUGGCAAUCGUAAGCAUACUCGUCAGCAGAACCAAAUCCCUCCUCUUCUCCCACCGCUUGAGAUGAAACCAUCAAAAUUAAAGCUGAUUCCGAGCGGUUCGACUUCUCUUCUUCAUCUACUUUCAUCCAUUUACUACAACACUGACUGGUGUUGUAUAUGUUGGGUUCCUCUGCGUUUAUCAGAAGACAACACUUCUUCAUACGAUCUCUGGGUUGUUACACCAACACUCAAACCCAUCACCAUAACGGAAUGAGCUCUGUCAUGAGUGGGUCAGGUUUGGAGUCUGAUGCUUUGGGCAUUCUCAGAUCAAUCACUCCAUCACUCGACCCAACUAAGCAUAAAGGCCAAGCUGGGAAAAUAGCUGUUAUAGGUGGAUGCCGUGAAUAUACAGGUGCUCCAUACUUUUCUGCUAUUUCAGCUUUAAAAAUGGGUGCAGAUUUGUCUCAUGUUUUCUGCACUAAAGAUGCGGCUCCGGUAAUAAAAGGCUACAGUCCUGAGUUAAUUGUGCACCCUAUUUUGGAAGAAUCUUACAGUGUUAGGGAUGAGGACAAAAGAUCAAUCCUGGAUAAGGUCCUUGCCGAGGUUGAGAAGUGGAUGGAAAGGUUUGAUUGUCUUGUAGUUGGUCCAGGACUUGGAAGAGACCCAUUUCUUCUGGACUGUGUUAGUAACAUCAUGAAGCAUGCGAGGCAGUCAAAUGUCCCAAUUGUCAUAGAUGGGGACGGGCUCUUUCUUGUCACAAACUGUCUUGAUCUGGUUAGUGGUUACCCAUUGGCUAUCCUAACCCCAAAUGUGAAUGAAUACAAGCGCCUUGUUCAGAAAGUACUAGAAUGUGAAGUAAAUGAUCAAGCUGCUUCUGAGCAAUUGCUAUCUCUUGCUAAAUGGAUUGGUGGUGUAACUAUUUUACGCAAAGGAAAAUCUGAUCUUAUCAGUGAUGGUGAAGCAGUUAGGUCAGUGAGCAUCUAUGGUUCUCCUCGCCGCUGUGGUGGCCAGGGUGACAUACUUUCUGGAAGUGUUGCGGUCUUUGUAUCUUGGGCCCGGCAAUAUAUCUCUACUGCGCCUAAAGGAGAAUUGAUCACGAACCCGACAAUGUUGGGGUGCAUUGCGGGGUCUGCUUUAAUGAGGAAGGCAGCAUCGCUUGCAUUUGACAAUAAGAGAAGGUCGACCCUCACCAGUGAUAUCAUCGAGUGCUUGGGGAGAAGUCUGGAGGACAUUUGCCCAGUCAAUUGAUUAUCGGAGUAUUGAAUCAAUGAUGCCUCGCCUCCUUUCAGAAACUACUUUUGUCGUAAGUGGCUAUGACAGAUUGUAAACUUGGAAAAUUGCAGCUUCCUUUGGUUCAUUCUUCUUCCUUCUUUGUUUUUUUUUACUCAUUUGGAAAGGACUAAAUGAUGUGUGAUAUGCAGGCUAAUACCAUGUAAAGGAGUGGAUUAUGAAUAAGAAGAGUAGAUUAAUAUAGGAACAAACAUGGAUUAACUUUUGCAUUCUCUCUGUUCAAUCUGACUGCUAUCAAAACCAUCCAAUGAUAGUUGGAUGGUUGAAAGAGGAUUCAAAUUCCAGUAACAGAUUUUAUUUAUUUAUUUUUAUUUUAAAUAAGAGUAUUUGGAAGGA